GCGGAGGCGCAGGCUGCGCGCAGCGCGGGGCCGGGAGCGCGGCAUGGACGAGCCCAGCCUGCUGCGGCGGCGCGGGCUGCAGAAGGAGCUGAGCCUGCCCCGCCGAGGAAGCAUUUUGUCUCCAAGUAGCCAGAGCCCGACCCUGCUGAGCCCUUGCAGCCCCUGCAGCCCCUGCAGCCCGUUACUAACCCUGCAUCCCUGGAGCUGCCGGAGCAGUAACAGGAAAAGCCUGGUGGUGGGAACGCCGUCUCCAACCCUCUCACGGCCUCUGUCCCCGCUCUCCGUGCCUACAGCUGGGAGCAGCCCCUUGGAUAGCCCACGAAACUUCUCCACUAGCACGUCUGUCAACUUUCCCUUUGCUCGCAGUCAUGCUGCUCGGACUGACAGGGCUGAUGGCAGAAGGUGGUCACUGGCUUCGCUACCCUCGUCUGGCUAUGGGACUAACACCCCCAGUUCCACUGUCUCGUCGUCUUCAUCCUCUCAGGAGCGGCUGCACCAGUUACCGUACCAGCCCACCCUGGAUGAGCUGCAUUUCCUCUCUAAGCAUUUCCGCAGCACAGAGUGUGUCACGGACGAGGAGGGGCGCCGUUCCCCCUGCCUGCGGCCACGAUCCAGGAGCCUCAGCCCUGGACGAACAAGUGGAGCUUUUGAUAAUGAGAUUGUUAUGAUGAAUCACGUCUACAAGGAACGAUUCCCAAAGGCCACGGCGCAGAUGGAGGAGCGCCUGCAGGGGACCAUCACUAGCUGCUCGUCGAGCAGUAUGCUGCCCCUUGCUGAUGGCGUGCUGGGGUUCAUCCACCAUCAGAUCAUUGAGCUGGCCCGAGACUGCCUGGCCAAGUCCCAGCAAGCUCUCAUCACAUCACGCUACUUCAUGGAGCUGCAGGAGAAACUGGAGAAAAUGCUCCACGAUGCCCAGGAGCGUUCAGAGAGUGAGGAAGUGAGGUUCAUUGACCAGCUGGUCAGGAAGCUGCUGCUAAUAAUAUCCCGCCCUGCUCGCCUUCUGGAGUGCUUGGAGUUUGAUCCUGAGGAAUUCUAUCAUCUUCUGGAAGCCGCGGAAGGACAUGCUAAAGUAGGCCAAGGAAUAAAAACUGAUAUCCCGCGGUACAUCAUCAGCCAGCUGGGGCUUGCCAAGGACCCUCUGGAGGAAAUGGUUCAGCUGGAUCAUUUUGAUAGUGGGAACACCAUGACCCCAGAGAAUGACGACUCCCAUGAGAGCCGGGCAUCAGCUGCCGCUUCUCGGAGGAAACCCUGUGAGAGUGACUUUGAGACCAUCAAGCUGAUCAGCAAUGGGGCCUAUGGGGCCGUGUAUCUGGUGAGGCACAAAGAGACCAGGCAGCGUUUUGCUAUAAAGAAAAUUAACAAGCAAAACCUCAUUCUGCGGAACCAGAUCCAGCAGGUGUUUGUGGAGAGGGACAUUCUCACCUUUGCCGAGAACCCCUUUGUGGUCAGCAUGUUCUGCUCCUUUGAAACCAAAAGGCACCUGUGCAUGGUGAUGGAAUACGUGGAAGGUGGGGACUGUGCCACGUUACUGAAGAACAUGGGUCCUCUGCCGGUCGACAUGGCCCGGAUGUACUUUGCAGAGACUGUUCUAGCUCUGGAAUAUCUUCACAACUACGGGAUUGUGCACAGGGACCUGAAGCCUGACAAUUUGUUAAUCACUUCGAUGGGCCACAUCAAACUAACAGACUUCGGCCUGUCAAAGAUUGGGCUGAUGAAUAUGACCACGAACUUGUAUGAAGGGCACAUUGAGAAGGACACUCGGGAGUUCAUGGACAAGCAGGUGUGUGGCACUCCCGAAUACAUUGCGCCAGAGGUGAUCUUAAUACAAGGCUACGGGAAGCCUGUCGACUGGUGGGCCAUGGGCAUCAUCCUGUAUGAGUUCCUAGUGGGCUGCGUCCCCUUCUUCGGAGACACCCCAGAAGAGCUCUUUGGGCAGGUGAUCAGCGAUGAAAUUAUGUGGCCUGAAGGCGAUGAAGCUCUUCCCGCUGAUGCUCAGGAUUUGAUCACGAGGUUGCUGAGGCAUUGCCCGCUGGAACGAUUAGGCACCGGUGGCGCCCAUGAGGUGAAGCAUCAUUCCUUCUUCCACAACCUGGACUGGAAUGGGCUGCUGCGGCAGAAGGCUGAAUUCAUUCCCCAGCUGGAGGCUGAGGAUGAUACCAGUUACUUUGACACUCGCUCUGAAAGGUACCGUCAUUUGGGCUCCGAGGAUGAGGAAACUAACGAUGAGGAAUCAUCUGUGGAAAUCGGCCAGUUCUCAUCGUGCUCUCACCGCUUCAGCAAGGUUUAUAGCAGCUCUGAAUUCCUGGCAGCUCACUCCAACUUGAGCUUCUCGUCCUGCGAGCGCAGUCAGAGCGAGGAGAAAGAGGACCGGACAGAGCGGUGGGACAGGAGCUCGGGAGACGAAGAGAAGAGCCGGCUGUCGGGCACAGAGACCAGGCUCCGAUCAUGGACAUCCUGCGGCUCGACGGCCUACUCCUCCCGGCAUGAGCGAAGCUGCAGCCCUGCCACCCUCACCAGCACCUUCAGCCUGGAGACCAUGCCGAAGUUUGCGUUCUCCUCCGAAGAUGAGAGCCCCUGCCCAGGCUCUGUAAAGGCUGAGAGGCCGAUGUUUGUGCUGGGGGACCCUGAAGCAGGGGCAGGAGGAGCAGCAAAGUCCUCAGCAUUAUCAGCUGAUAUUUUCAGUCUGAGCCGCAUCCGCCUGCGGAGCAACAGCACCGGCACCAAGAACUCCACCCCAAGAGCCCUGGAGCCUGGGCUGGGCCGCAGGCUGGGGAGUCCGAAGAGCACACCGGAGAAGCAGAGAGUGUCUUCAGGAAGCAGAGUGCCUAAAUCUGCUUCUGUCUCAGCCCUGUCCCUGAUCAUCACCUCAGAUGACUGUGCCAGUGGAGCCCUCAUGAGCCCCAUCUCCCCACACUCUCUCUCUUCCAAUCCAUCCUCUCGGGACUCGUCCCCGAGCCGGGAUUCCUCCCUCAGCAUCACCAGCCUGCGUCCGCCCAUCAUCAUCCACAGCUCUGGAAAGAAAUACGGCUUCACCCUGCGCGCCAUUCGUGUGUAUAUGGGGGACAGCGACGUGUACGCGGUGCAUCACAUGGUGUGGAGCGUGGAAGAUGGGAGCCCUGCUCAGGAAGCUGGGCUAAGAGCUGGGGAUCUCAUCACACAUGUGAAUGGAGAGUCUGUGCUAGGGUUAGUUCACAUGGAUGUUGUGGAGCUGCUGCUGAAGAGUGGCAACAAAGUAGCGCUGCGAACCACCGCCCUCGAGAACACAUCCAUCAAAGUCGGUCCUGCUCGGAAAAACAGUUCCAAGACUAGGAUGGCCAGAAGGAGUAAGAAAAGCAGGAAAAGGGACAGUCAGGACCGGAGAAAGUGCCUUUUCAAAAAGAUCUCCAAGCAAACAACUGUACUGCACACCAGCCGGAGCUUCUCAUCUGGCCUCCAUCACUCCCUGUCAUCAAGCGAGAGCCUUCCAGGAUCUCCCACACACAGUCUGUCACCUGGACCUACAACUCCCUGCCGCAGCCCUGCUCCAGACCUCCCACUAGAUUCUGUCUCCCCACAGAGCACCUCCCCAUCCUCUAGCACCCCCACCUCUCCUGCAGGACACAUCAGACCGAGCUCUCUUCAUGGGCUAGUGCCAAAGCUCAGUGGUCAGCGUUACAAGGUGGGGCGCCGCAAGUCCACCAGCAGCAUCCCCCCAUCUCCCCUUGCAUGUACUCCUUGCUCAGUCCCACAGCCGCCUUCUCCUCAGAGGUCUCCAUCGCCACUACCAAGUUAUACCAAAAACGUUCAUUCCUUCCAGGGCAAGACCCUGUCUCCCCCCACCAUUGUCAGGCAAGUGUCUCGGCCCAGGAGUGCCGAAGGCCCUAGGUCCCCUCUGCUAAAACGAGUCCAAUCUGCUGAGAAAAUUGCUACCUACCUAGCAGAAAAGAAAACCAUCAGCAGCCGGAAGCUCACACUGGAAAUGCCUCCAGGAGAUGGGAUGGGGGAGGCUCUGGGGGAGCGGGAGACUCCUGUCCAGGUGGGAGAGCUCUGUGCUGUGGCUUACCCAGGGACCCCCCGAAUGAGAGACUGGACAGGGGAAAGGCACGACCGCGACCAGGAGGUCGUUGUCAUGAGGAGGCUGAACCUGUCGGAGCGCAGAGACUCCUUUAAAAAGCAAGAAGCUGUCCAAGAAGUGAGUUUUGAUGAGCCAGAGUUGGUGCCUGUGAGUGAGGAUGGCACGAAAGCAGAGGCCAAGCUGGACAGGGAGCAUGCACCAUGGAGACUUGCCCCUCAUGCAGCUUCCUGGGUGGAGACCAGACCAAGUUCAGCAUCUGGUAGCUCUUCAGAGCCCCCAGACCCAGAGCAGAUGCCUACUGUGGUGCCCCAGAUAGCAGUUCAAGGGUCAGAGAGUGAUGAACAGGAGACUAACACAGCUGAGUGGGAAUGCCAAGGGUCCUACCCUAUCCAGUUGAUGGCCAGGGUCUAUACUGAACAAAUGGAUGGAACUACAGCAGUGGAAUACAAGAGUGUCUCCUCCCAGUGUAGAGAGAACCGGGAGCAGAGAGAGCUCUGUGCGGGACAAGAGCCCUCACCAGCUCCUGGGUCCCCGCAUAGGACAUGUUGUGGUAAGGACAUGGUGGGCUCACCCCAGCUGAGCAAAGCACCUCCAAGGCUGAAGUGGUGUGGGAGCUCAGGAAUGCAGGAGAAUGAGUGCGAUAAAGCUGAGACGCUCAGAGCAAAUCAACAAAAGAUGCAUGAUCAAGCUCGUAAAAAAGUCAAGGAUGAGUAAUAGCCACACGUUAAGCAAAAGGAACUGCUAAAGGUGAACAGAUGAUAAAGUGACAGGGCUUCUUCAGCUCUGCAUGAACUCCACAAGGGAUCAGCUUCCAGAAAAAGCACAUCUGUGUUGGAGACUGACAUACCAUCCAGCUGCUGAGAUGCACUCUUCAAAUUACAUACCUGCAUUUUUUGAGAGUAAAUGCAUCUGAAACAUUUUUAACGUCAGACCUGGCAGGGGGUGGGGAAUAAUUUGACGAAUUUACUUACAAAAGGUUUUUGUACUAACUGGAAAGAUGUUAAUAUUUUUGUAGAGCUAAGGAAGCUGCUCUGUUGUGAUGGCAUUUCCUCAGCAGGACCCCGUUGUAAAUAGAAAGGAUUAGACGUGAAUCCUUGUAACUAAUUUAUUACCUUUAUAAGCUAAGAGGAGGCAUCUGAGGGCAUCUCAACUGACUUGUGCUAGAAGAAGCAUUACCGCUGUUUUGUAAGUGUUUAUCAUCCCACCUCUGAAAUGCACUAUAUGUUUUCUGUCAUUUCUAAGAACCACUAGUUUUGGCCCUUUUGUUAGUGUCAGUUUCAGGUGGCAACGCACAAAGAAAACAGUUAAGAGACAAGCUUUACAAUACCAUUUUUGAUAGGGUUAUGCACAACAGGGUAUGUCUUGGUGCUUUGAUCUUCAUACAGGUGUCUUAUUCCUCCCAGAAGAGCUGGUCUUCAUUAAAGGUAAAAGCAGUAACUUUAUAAUGAUGGGAUUCCUGUUCUGGAACAGACCAAUGGUCCAUCUAGUCCAGUACCCUACUCUUGCCAAUGCCAGAUGUCUCAGAAUUAGGCAUAAAUUUCCCUCUCCCCAAUAUGUUUGUUUGGGAAGAAUUUUUGCUUUGGUGUUUUAUGAUGCUCCUGGGCAAGGGACACACAUGUGAUUGAUGCCCACCAGGAAUGUAUGAAUCAGGUAUUACAAAUCCCAGACAAACCUUGUUGAACAGUUUCCAUAUCCUGGCCUUGUGCUGUCGCUGGCAUUGAACAUUUCUCCCCCAGAAUGUCAUAUAUACAUCUCAAACAACAGCUCCUCUUUAGUGUGUAUGCUGAACCAUUACGCUUCCACUCCUCCUUCUUCUUUGACACGUUGACUUGGCCAAUUCUAGGACACAGUGGUACUGAUAAAGGGCAGCACGGCUCCAGGCCUCUGUGCGCGUUUGCCAAGAUCGGAUUGAUUUUGUGAGUGAGAGUGAGAACUUCCUUGCUGUGUGUGGCUGGUUCCCAUCUAUGUUAAUUGAUGCUGCAUAUAAGCCAUGGUGUUUGGGGUAGAAAAUGAAUGUUUUAGUAACCUACAGAUGUUGCCUCCGGUUCUUUCCACGUUGCAGUUAUCUUUCUUGGCUUAAGUAUCAGAGGGGUAGCUGUGUUAGUCUGGAUCUGCAAAAGCAGCAAAGAGUCCUGUGGCACCUUAUAGACCUACAGACGUAUUGGAGCAUGAGCUUUCAUGGGUGAAUACCCACUUCGUCAGAUGCAUGUACAAAACGUCUGUUAGUCUAUAAGAUGCCACAGGACUCUUUGCUGCUUUCUUGGCUAAGUGAGCUUGGGUGGUAACAUAUUCAGGGCCUGUCCGUGGCUGCUAGCUCAGCCAGAGGGGUUUCUGCAGAGUGAGGUGAGCUACUCCCUCCUUCUAGGUGCUAGUUGUGUUUCCUCCCCACAGAACAAGAGACUCUGCUGAGAAUCUUACCAUGUCUGCCUCAUGGCAAUGAGAGGGUCACCAGGCUGGCUCAUCAGGAGUGAUUUUAUCAUGUGAAUCUUAGUUGCAAGAGAUCGAGCUUGGGGAUCUCCUGGCAUUUGGUGAUUGAUCCAAAUUGCUCUUUAGCAGCUGAGGAAGUUGAGGGAUUUUCACUUGAGGCGCUGCUGGCAAGGGGGGAUGCACCAAGGGAUUAGACUCCUUUAAAUCAUGUGAGCAAGACGUGAUGUAUUGGGCUAGAAUAUGCCUUAGUGUGUUAAUUUAUAAGCCGCUCCAGGAUUCCGUCUGUUGGAAUCAGAAGAUGACGACACCUAAGAAGCAGUUUGACAACAGCUAAAGAACCACAAAACUGGGAUUAGCCCAUGAGCAAUAUCUAUCUCCGCAUGUCGCAUUGGUAGGUCCUGUGUUCCCUGGACUGGCUAAUGUCUUUCGGUGCUUUCUGCCUUUCCUUGAAUCUGCAGCAUGUGAGGACUGUCGCUGUUCAGCUCAAGGCCCUGUUGUAAAGGGUGAGCCUACAAACCCUGCCCACUGGCUUUACAUGCUGAGUGAGCAGCCAAGUACAGGUUACCUCUUGGCACCAGACGUCUAACCUUGUUUAACUGAUCCUGUUUUCCAGCUGCUCUUGGCUAGCCUGGUCCCAUUCAGAUUGUGCUCCCAUGUUAAAGGGAAACAAGAAAGACUAUAAAUUUGACUUGACAAAAGUCACCUUCUUAAGCUUUUUACUGUGAGUAGAACCAGGAAUGGAGGGAACAUUAAGAGAUUUCUUUAGAGGAACUUGCAGAUUUGUCCAUUUUUCAUUAAAAAAAAAAAAAAAGAACAUCCCCCCCCCCCCACACACACACACAAUCCCUCAUUCAAACCUCAUCACCAACAAAGCUGCUGUAAUUAUUUAACGUGUUCUCUGCCCCAGGUAUGUCCUUUUCCUCUCUUCUAUAUAACCAUCCUCUCUCCCAUAAAACCAUGCUCUUUUCCUCUCUCCCAUAUAACCUCCCAGGAGUAGGGUAGGGCAGUACCACCUGCCAGUCUAGCUUUUCCAAACUGAAGCUCUCCUAACUCAUUUGGAAAGUGUAUAUUCUUUAAUAAACAAAACACAAAUAGAAUGUAUCAGUGGCCAUUUCUAUUGUGUCAGACUUGUUCAGGGGCUAGAACAGGAACUCAACCCUCAAACUGAAAAUAAUAGCUGGGGAUUUGCAUGGUGUGCUGGGUUUCUAGUGGGGGGUUCUUUUUAUGACAUCUGGGCAGAUUAUGUGAGCUUUCAAGGACUCACUGGUGCUCCCCUGGCACUUGUGCAUUCCUGCCACAUUAACAGCAGCUCAAGAUUUGACUCUUUUUUUUAACUUCCAAUUUUAAACUUUUUAAAGGAAAAGAAAAAGUAGAAUUCUCGUGGUCUGACUUCCAAAGACUGUUUGAGCUUGGGCACUUCUAAAUGUCCCUGCAAUGGUCAAUUUGUACUUUCAGACAUGUAGGCAAAACCUAGAUAGUUGUAGAGGUUUGUAAGAACUUGUAUGAUCACCCCAUCUGGUAUCUCAUGCAUGAGAACUACAACACUGUACUGCUUAUUCCUAGUCUCUGAAAGUAUUUGUUUUUUCAGGCUUUGUGUAAGCAAUAGGAUUGCCAAUGAAGAUGUAAUAAGUAGGCAAGCUAUGGGUUUGAUAGAUCUGUCAGACCUCAAAGCUCAUUCAGGGACCUGUGUAUCUGAACCAAAUGAAAAUUAGCUGAAGGGUUACUGAUUACUUGGGACUGUUUAGAAUGGGGGGGACGGGACUUGUUUUCAGACCGCCUGUUUUAGACAAGAUUGAUUUUUAUAAUCAUAUAGAGGGUUUUUGUUUGUGUUUAAUGCCUUUUUUUUUCUUGUAGCGAGAGAUUUAAAUAGCUCUGAGCCAAAAUAAAUUAAUCCGUUUGAUCAUCUUUUCUGAGAUGUUCCACAUGAGAGGGAGUUGGUUAGGAAAAGCACAACUGGAAUUUAUCCAUCUGUUUCCUUCCUUCCCUGGGCCAGGUUUCAGUAUCUUCAUGCAAAUAUUAACAGAGUUUUUGUCUAUUUUCAGUGAUUUACAGUUUCUCUGCUGUAUUCUGCAUACAGCUAGUUUCUAAAACCUUCCCCAGGAUGUGCUUUCAGAACAUACAGACAUUCCACAGAGGUUUCUGAGUGAACGGAGCAUUUAAUUAGAGCCCUACAUUUUUAAUAAAAAUGUAAUAAACUACACUCUGUGUUGUCUCAGUUGUCUUUAGUUGUAAUUUCUGAACUCCCUUUCCCUCUUGUGCUGGUGGAUUUGUAUGAAGAGUCCCUCUGGCAUUUUCCAGCAUUUCUAAGGUUUUAUAUGAUGUAAAUGUUUACAUUUGAUAAUGCAUGUGUGUUUUUUCUAACUGCAGUGUUUGCAGAAACUGACAGUGCAAGUAUUGGGCUUUUAUGUCAAAACACUUAUUUAUAUCCCUCCCUGUAUAGUUUGUAUUGCGAUGAUAUCUAACCAUGUGCGCAAAGUUGCCAGAAAGGUAUUUUUUUAUUAUUUGUAUAAUGCUAAUGUUUAUGCCAUUUUGUAGCACCAAUCCCACCGUAAAGUGAUUCCUUUUCCCACCCCAGACUUGAGAGUAACUGGUGAUGCUAGCUUUCUAUUUUGAUUGCUUAUUUAAGCAGAAUUUGGGGUUUUUUAAGUUUGUGUGGCUGUUUUAAAUUGACUGCUUCUCCCGUCGUAAUCCUUGUAGUAGUUUACCCAGAAAACAAGCAAACAAUAAUGUUGGUGGCCAAGAGCAUGUAUUAAUUCCACAUCAUCAGCCUGUGGAGGCACAGAAGCACUUUCUGGGCUUGGGGUUUAGUGAACGAAAUGGUUCUUUGCUAGAUGACAAUGCAGAAUGAAGUGUUUUUGCUUCUGAAAUGAUGUUGCCAACAAUUACUCUCUGUUGUAAUCCUGUUUCUGCGGAAUCCGUUGUUAUUUCCUUUUUUUUUUAAAUUUAAUCUCGCUUAUUUAGGAUAGGUUUUCUGCUUGCUUCCUCUGCCUUCUCUAUUAACCACUCAGGAAGUUAGCAUUGUUGUUUUGAAAAAACUUAAAAAUGGGCAUCUCCUUUACACUGAGCAGGUGUAAAAGGGUCUCAACAAGACAGUGGCUGAAGAACUAUUAUGUAAGAAUAAAACUCAUUUCAGAAGUUGUAUUCAAAGGAUUUUUAUGGAAAAUGUCUUAAAAGUAAACAGGACCUUGUCUUCCUGUAUUGUACUGAACACUGGUCUUGGUAUGAAUAUAUUCAGAAAAAGUUUCAUGUUGUAAUAAAAUUGUUCCUUGAGAUGGAA